AUGCUGAUGGUGUACGGCAUCUCAGUGGGCUAUCACUACGCACAGAAAGAACUCGCUUCGUUUGCUAUGUCGUCGAGACAGACGACGGAACCCGCCUUGUUGCGAGCCGGCCCAGAGAACAGGCCGGUAGUGCGUCUACUCGCUGUCAACAGGUCCGAGGAAGAAAACCCACCCCAUCCAGUACUUGAGGUUUACCAAACCAAGAAGCCUGGGGAUCAACAAAUUUUCAUUGAGCAGUCGGAAACACCAAUCGUGCUUCUAGAAACUGAAAGGCCUCCCAAAGAGCCGGAAUUAUCUCCUAACGAGCGGGAAAUGGCGCGCAAGCUCAUUGGCCGAUUCCGUCGCUCCCGCAACAACACGACUCCUUUCCUCAAACCUCUGAAGCCCUUUAACAGCACAUACCUAAAAACUACGCCACUGACAACGUGAAAUACCAACAUGGAUCUCCUAUUGAGAAACCAUGUACGACCGACCUACUUAUACGAUAUUUAAUUUUGAAGGCG